UCCUAUGAGUUUUAAAAAAUUGUGCACUUAUAACCAGGGAAAUGUUUCAACUGGGUUUAGAGACUGUCUUUGAUUUUGAAACCAAUAAAACCAGGAGCAAAAAAGAAAAGCAAUAAAACUGUGUGUAAAACUGUGUAUGUUAAAUGUUCUACUGCAAUUUUCCUAAAAUAAACCACUAAAUACAGAAAUAUGUUUGAAGGAGAUACAAUAAUUGAUUUGGAAGAAGCUGUUGGUUCUUAUCUGAACUGUCUUUCUACUAGUUUUGCUGCAGGCAGCAAACUAUAUGCUAGUGUUGGAACAAUAAUUGAAGAAAAGUUCCAGGAAAUCUUCCCAAACCAUGAUUCCAAUAAAAAACUUGUAAAAAUGUGUUUCCAAACAUUGCAAACAUUAAAUGCAUUUGAAGGGUAUCAGAAGGCACUUUUGGAUUGUAAAGAAAAAUUGCUAGAAAUAUUAACAGAUAAUCAUACAAAAAAACAUGACAGAAACUGUGCUGUAGAAGAUGAGGAGUAUGCUGAUGUUGCAUUGCGUGUUGCAAAAGAGUUAUAUUGCUAUCAUCAAACAGUUGCAGAUGUUCUCAAGCCACUUUUAUUUUCUAAUUUUCAAGAAGAUUUUCCUACUCUUAGUUCUGAUCAUCAACAUGUACUAAGAGUUUGGACAAUUGUGUCAGAGGCUAACAAACCAUUAAGACAAGGUUUUGGUUUAACAAAUGAAGAAAUUGCUCAGAUAUUAUCAUGGCAGCAUGGAGAAGAUUUAUCAGAAUCGUGUAGAAAAAAGCUUAAUUUUAGAAUCAGCACUCUUAUUCAGCAAUAUGUUGACAGAUUGUUUAAACAUGGUGUUUGCGAAGUUGAAAUUCCUCUUUCAUUUUCGAUUGAUUCUGAAGAAUUGAAUAAAGUGCUUCAGGAUUGCUGUAGUCCAACUGAUAUUAUAGCUGCUUCUUCACUUAGAAUGCCAACUGUGAAAGAAGAGAUUGAGGUUACAUUACAAAGGGAGUUACCAAGAAUGACACUUUGUUUGAAUGGUCAUUAUUAUGAUAAAGCUAAUCCUGGCAAAGCUUUUGAAAAUACUACAUUAAAAAUGCGUGCAGUUAAAGAAGCUGUCUUAAUUGCAAUUAAAUCUGCAUCAAUUGAAGCAACAAAAGAACAAGUUGAUACAUUUUGCCUUCAUAUUCUUACUUUGUCUAGUAUACCAGUGUCAAGUGCUUCUUCUAGAACUGCUGUUAUGAUGGCUUUUGGGAAAUGUAAUCUUGUUCAAGUGAAACCAUUAAUAAAUUUGAAUGAUGAAAAAAUCGUUUAUAUGGAUGUAGAGAAACAUAUAAUACAUAUUGAUGUACCAUCAAAAUGGUGCAUUGUUGAAGACACUUCAUUAUUCAAACCACUAUGCAGAGAUAGUGAGUCAGAAGCAAUAGCUACCGUGCAUGUUUCAUAUCAUGUGACAGUGAAUGUAGAAAACUAUUUUAAAAAAAGAAUUGAAGCAUUACCCGUUGUGCAAAUAAAUCAGUGCGUACUCAGUAAACUACCAUCUUCUCAAGUGAAAAAGGAUCAAGCUGUCCCUCUUUCAAAAAGUAUUAAAAUUCAACUAACAAAAGCAACUUCUAAAUUCUUUCAAAUUAAGUCUCUUUUAAAGGUUGAUGGGGAACACUAUCGAAAUACCGAAGAACAAGAUAACGAAGUAUCAUAUAUAGGAAAUAAUGAAAGUUUAUCUGAAUCUCAUGAUGAUGAACAGCCUAUCCCUCCUCCUCGUCUUAAAAGAAAAGCUAAGAAAUCAAAAAAAGCAAAAGAAAAAGAAAGAAAAGCGCAAGAAGAAAAAAAAGAUGACUUAGCAUGGUUUUCAACUUCAACAAAGUUCAAUGUUCCUCCAUUGCCGACAUUGACAGACAGCAAAGACCUUUCUCCUUCUGUUGCAUCAUUUGAAGAAUUGCAAGGAGUUAUAAACUUUUUAUCAGGAUCUAGCUCUAGUAGCUUAACAAUCGAGAAAUGUGAGAAACGACAUCCUGUACGAACUAUUAGCUCUACAAGUCUACAAAAUGAUUUUACACGAACUAUUAGCUCUACGAGUCUACAAAAUGACCAUAAAAAUAAUAAAAAUGUUCCUGAAGGUAAAAAAAAGUUAACUCAUAAAAGAUCAGCAAGUUUUUCUGGAAAUGCUAAUGACUUGAAAGAAGUAGAAACACUAAAGGUAGAACAUGAAAGUUUAAAGACUCCAAGUGUUGAUGAUAUUCAGCAUAUUAGAGUAUCCUCAGUUGCUGUUGAUGCACCAUUAAAUAACUUUGCUGAAGCAAUAUCUAAUGUUCUUAAAACCGAGCGUACACCUGGUGAUGGUAUGGAUCAGAGAGACAAAAAUACUUCUUCAGCAAAUGUUAGCCAAACUGCAGAUUCUUUAACAGUUAUGUUAAGUGAUACAAACUCUUCAUCUAAAGUUUUAAAUUCAGCUGUGCAUAACUCAGUUGUUCAAGAUAGUAAUCAGUCAGUUAUUCAAGAUAGUAAAGGUUGUGAAAAUCUAGUUGAUGAAAAUUCUUCAGUACAAAGUGAUGCAACAAGCCCAUUGCCAGAUUGGUAUGAUCAAGAUCUUUCUAAUAAUUCUCUUACACAGGAUGCAAUUAGUAAUGAAACCUUGUCUUUGUUACCAACUUUUAAGAGCACUGCUCCUUCAACCUCUAAGUUAACUAUAAAUAUAGAUGAUACAGAUAAAACAAUUAACUUAAAAGUAGGAGAACAAGUCCCAAAAACAACUCAUGUAAAUAAAGAAUUUCAAAAAAACAAUAUUAAAUCCUCUAUAAAUUGCAACCAAUUUGAAGAUGUGCAUGAAAAUCCAGUAUAUCCGAUAUCUGGUGGCGUUUCUCCUUCAUUUUUUCAAAACGAAUCUGUUUUUUCUGAGACAUAUCAACCAUUUAACUCCAAUACUUCAUGGUCUAUGGGUCUGCAAAAUACUGGAUUAAGUUCACUAUGGUCUGAUGCUACAUUAGAUAAAGAGAAGCCAGUUAUUACAAGUGAACACAUUACUUCAGAAAAAUUUUUUGAGAACCAGUUUACACCUGACAAGCAACAAGACUUUCAAAAACUUUUAGAAGGUUCCAGAUUUUUUGCAGAUUAUCAAACAAGCGAAAGUUGGAAAGACAGGCCAGUCAGUUCUAUGUCUUUUGUAACACAUAAACAAGAUCAGCAGAAGUUUUUUGAGCCUGCUCCUGAUCCUUGGCCGUUGCAAAGUGAGAAUAAAAGUCUUGCAUCAUUUCAUAUUAACAAUACGCAAUAUAUUCAAAGUCGUAGCAUUGAGUCUUUGCAGUUGCCUCCUAAUCCUACAGGACCAUAUAUGCGUCAAAAUAGGGAGCAACUUCUUGCAAAACAACAAAUAUUAGAGCAGUACGCGCGUCAACAAAAGCGUCAGCAAAUUCAACAUCAACAAACUUCUUCUUUAAAUCAAUACCAAUCAGCUCAAAAAAAACUAUUUUUGCAACAACAGAUACUACAGCAGCAACAUAACAGUAUUCGAAAUAUUGAUCGUGUAGCUUCUGUCCCUCCUGGUUAUAAUGAACGUAUUUCUGCCAGUUCCAAUCAACGUUACGAUUUUGAUAGACUUUUAUCUCAACGUGUUAUGAGUCAGCAAAAGAAUUCGUUUAAUCUCGGGUCGCAUCAAUCUCGUUCAGUAAGUGACAUUCGUACAGAGAACAAUUUAUUUCCUGCAACUUUUAGCAGUGGUUUUGGUGAUUGGAGAUUUCCUAUUAACGAACAGUUAGACGAAAAUUCAAUUAGAUACUGAUAAUAUCUGAUAAAUAUUUAAUACUUGUCAUAAUGACUAAAUGUCAUCUUAAUAAAAAAAUGAAAUAUUACUGUCAUUAGCAGUGACGUACCAGGUAUAUAUAAAAAGCCAUUUGUUUUGUAAGAAUAAAUUUAAUUUUUAAAAGCUCCCUAAAAAAAGGCCAACUGGGGUAUUUGAACCAGCUCCUUGCUCUACUUAAAGGGGCUAUAAGCAUCAUGCUGAUUUUGGAACGUUACUGCCUUUGAUGAUAACAGUUUUUUUUAUUUUUUCAAUCUUGUUUAACAAUUGCUGGUGAUAUGAGUUAUUAAAAAGUUUUUAUUUUUAUUUUUGUAGAUAUUUGUGUUUUAGUUUUCUGAUCUUUAACCUCGUAGUGAUUUUAAAAAUCGUAUUCUUUUAUCUUCAAAAUGAGCCCUUUUUUAGAAUUUUGUUUGGAAAUCGACAAACCUUUUUAUUUUUACAACUACAUCCUGUAUACAUAUAUCGGAUUAUUUUAUUUUGUAAAAGUUUAGUUAUAAACUAAAAGUUUUUAAAAUAUAACUUUUUUAUGAUCUUUAC